AUGGCGAGCAACGACCAAGGCAGAAAGCGCGCGCGCUCACCCUCGAGAUCGCCCUCACGAUCACCACCCCGCCAGCGAAAGCGCCCUGGGGCGGGUGCCCGAGUUUCAGCCGCCGACCGCGAAGCCGCCCGAAAGCGUGCGCAAGCGAGAGAAGAAGAAGCGGCUAGGAGGGCACAGCAGGAGGCCGCACAGAGAGGUGUCCACGACGUCGUCAAACAACAUUACAACUCGGUCCCGGAGCGAGGUCGUGAAUGGCGCAACACAGACAGCAAGAUUAAGGGACUGCGCAGCUUCAACAACUGGGUCAAGUCGUCCAUCAUCCAGAAGUUUAUUGGCGACGAGCGGAAUCUCAAGAUCCUCGAUGUCGGGUGUGGAAAGGGUGGUGAUCUGGGCAAGUGGGAGAAGUCGAGGAAGGUGGAGCUGUAUGUUGGAUGCGAUCCUGCAGACGUUUCGAUCAAACAGGCCAAAGACAGAUUUGCCCAGAUGCAGAAGAAGAACCGGCGACUGUUUCAUGGCGAGUUCUAUGCUAAGGACUGCUUCGGGGAGUGGUUGGGCGACAUACCCAUCAUCAAGGAAGUCGGCAUCGAUCCGGGAGCUGGGCAGGGUAACGCCAUGAGCCAGCGUUGGGGCGGUGGUGGCUGGGACAUGGUCACAAUGAUGUUCUGCAUGCACUACGCUUUCGAGAGCGAGGCCAAAGCAAGAGGCAUGCUACGGAAUGUCGCAGGCGCAUUGAAGAAGGGAGGACGGUUCAUUGGCUGCAUACCCAACUCGGACGUGCUGUCGCAGAAGGUCAUCGAGCAUCACAAGGCCAAGGGCACAGCACCACCUGAUGUAGAUGGUGCCGAUGACGACGAUGAUCGUCCGGCCUUUGCAAGCGACGACGACGACGACUGGGAUCCUGAGAAGAGUCUCGAUAGCCCCAAGCCUGCUGACACGGAGCAUACGAACGACGACAAGUCUGGAGAGUCGAAGAACAAGGAGAAGGAGAAGGAGAAGGAAGAACAAGAAGACGGCGAGGUUGAAGAUGAGGGCUUCAACUUUGGCAACAGUAUCUACAGCGUCAAGUUUCCCGGCAAGACACCUCCUGAUGGCGUGUUCCGUCCUCCGUAUGGCUGGAAGUACUCGUACUGGCUCACUGAAGCUGUAGAGGCACCCGAGUACGUAGUUCCCUGGGAAGCUUUCCGAGCACUAGCAGAGGACUUUAAUCUCGAGCUUCAGUACCGCAAGCCUUUCAGGGAGGUCUGGGAAGAGCAAAAGGAUGACCCUAUUCUGGGUCCCCUAAGUGAGGUCAUGAAGGUCAGGGAUCGCAACACUGGUCGACUACUGACUUCGGAAGAGGAGUUGGAGGCAGCAGACUUUUACCAUGCAUUCUGCUUCUACAAGAUGGAUCGAGUUGCCGAGGUCGGUCGCUCUUUCCCCGGCAAACGCGAUCGAGCAUCAAAGCCCGAACCUCCCUGCGCUUCCGCACUGCACCAUCUCCGCAUUCACACACCCCAUACGUUCCUUCUUCACGUCCAACUACCCCUAAACCUCAUCUCCAGACCAAGCGCAUCCCAGUCGGACAAGAAGGAAACAGGAAACGACAACUUGAAGCUGGACUUCUCUCCCUCGCGAUAUAUCCUCAGCUUGUUCGUUGGAAGCAGCAAAGCCGAUAAGAUGGUUGCGGAUGCGCUUGUCUAUCACCCGACGGUGUCGCAUUACCUCAAGUUCGUUGCAACGACCGUCGGACGCGACAAAGUCCUCCGUACCCUCCAAUACUUUUCUCGCUUCCUAGCAUGGUACUUGUACCGCACGAACAAGCCCGCCUCGUCCAUCGCCCCGUAUGAAGCGACCAAGAAGACUUUUGGCGCGACGCGCAAGUUGAUGCGCGUGGGCAAGUUUGUCGAGCACUUCCGCGCUGCGGCUGUGGCCAGUGAUGCGAAGACUAUGGAUCCCGUGUUGAGGUUUACCGCUGUGGGAAGGCAGCUAGGAUAUGCCUUCUACAUGCUGUGUGAUAAUGCUUGUGUGCUCGACGCAACAUCCAUCCGCAAAUCCUCCUUCGCCCCACGUCUCCUCCGCGAAGGCUACCGUGCCUGGUUUGCCGGAAUCUCCUUUUCCAUUGCCUCCGGCCUGUACUCGUACUACAACCUGCUCCAGCACUCCAAGACUAUUACUUCUUCGUCUGACCCGGAGAAGGUCGUUGAGACGAAGAAGCUGCAGAAGGAGCUUAACGCUGUGAAGGUGCAGUUGAUUAGUGAUCUCUGCGAUAUCACUAUUCCUAGCUCAGCGCUGGGCUGGGUUGACUUGGAUGAUGGAAUUGUGGGACUGGCGGGUACGACAAGUUCCCUACUGGGGGUUUGGAGUCAGUGGAGGAAGACUGCUUAG